AUGUCACACAUCUAUCUAUCUAUCUAUCUAUCUAUCUAUCUAUCUAUCUAUCUAUCUCAGCACGUUAGUUCUGUCUUCCCGAUUACUGUCUUUCUUUUUUUUCUUAUUUCAGUUCAAUCGUCUCGGUCCGCUUCUUGUGAAAAGCGCAUUGCAGUUAAUAAUCUCUAUUUACGAGUGUCGUUCUCUUGCGUUCUUUCUCAACUUCUGAUGCGUUACCAUUUCUUCAAUCAUCCUUUCCGCAAAACAUUAUUCGCUCUCAUUUUUUUCUGUUCUCUGGCCUCCUUUUUAGAUUUCUUCUUUCCUUCCUUUCUUUCAAUUUUAACUUUUCUUUCUCGCUUAUUUCUUUGUAGUAUAUUUCUUUCUUUUUUUCUUUCCCCAUUAUUUUUUUUUACUUACAUAUUUUCUUUGUUUCUUUCUUUAACUGAGACGUUCUUUCUUUUCGACUUUCCUCGUUCUUUUUAUUUUAUUUUUUUUUGUCAAUUUUAUUUAACUUAUUUCUUAUUUGCAGCUUUUUUCUGUAUUUUUUCUUUUCAUUAUUUCUUUUUUCUUCACCGCUGCCAUGUUUGUUCCUUUUUCUUUCAUUGUCUCUUUACUUAUUUAUUCACCGCUUUUUUUUCAUUUUAUUCCCUCUUUAUCAAUUUCUUCGCCGUUGUUGUUUUUUCUUUGCUUAUUUUAACUUUGCGUUAUUAUAAAUUGCGUCGUCAUUGUCUAUCACUCGCCUAUUAUUUUCUCUUUCUUUUUCUUUCUUCUUUCCUUUUCAUGACUUGA